UAAAUUUUCAAAAAUAUAAAAUAAUAUUUCAUUUUGUAUAUAUUGUUUUGUUUUUUUUCAAGUUUAAUAAAUACCCUAACAGUCUUUUACUUUAGAUAAGAUCUAAAUAAAUAUCCAUAAGUUAAUGGUACAAAGGAAGUUUUUACUAGGCUGUCAGACAGGUUUUUUAAGACCAAUUUUUUAAUGACAUAACUUGAGAUGUAUAACGGAAUCGGUGUGUCGACUGUCAGAGGGACAGGAACGAAUGGUUAUGUCACAAGAAACUUAUCUCAUGUAAAAACUGACAAGAAAGACAAUAAGCCUUUCAGUUAUGAUAGUAAUGUGUUAGGGGGUUAUGAAUCAUCAUUGGUUAAAAAACCUAAUAAAGAAAUUUUAGAGCAUGAUCGUAAAAGGCAAGUUGAAGUCAAAUGCUUAGAGCUGCAAGAAGACUUGGAAGAUGAAGGUUUAACUAGUGAAGAAAUUCAGGUCAAAAUUGAGGAACUUCGGCAUGAGCUGCUUGAAAAAGAAGGUCUGACAAAGAUUGGUGUUGUAACAAGUAUUACAGGCAUGGAUUCUCAUCAAAUAGCUGAAGCUAAUGAAAAUAAAAAUUUAAAGAUGAGAGAUGCGUUUGGUAUAAAAGAUGAUUUUCCUGAAGGCAGUUCAUUUAAAGAAGAACAUCAAAAAGCUAGAAGAGAAGCUGAAAAAGCAGAGCGAGAUGAGAAAUAUAGAAGUCGAGAAAAAGCAAGAGAAAAGGAUAAAGAAACUUCAAAAGAGAAAGAGAAAGAUAGAACUGAUCGCAGCUCAGAUAAACGAGAGGAUAGUCGAAGUUAUCGAAGCAGAAAGCGUGAUCGAUCUGUUAGUAGUAGUUCGGAUGAUGAAAAAAGACACAGGUCAAGUAAAUCAACCAAAAGCGACGAGAAAGAAAAGAAACGUACUCUAGUUGACGAUUAUGCAAGUUCUCCAGAAAGAAAUCGAAAAAAGGUUUCAGAAUCUCCUGAACCUAAUCGAAAAAGAAAUUCAGAAUCUUCCGAACGUAAUCGAAAAAGAAAUUCUGUAUCUUCUGAACGAAAUCGAAAAAAAAAUUCAGAAUCUCCUGAACGAUCUCGAAAACGAAAUGUUGAAUCUCCUGAACGAACGCGAAAACAAAAUGUAGAAUCUCCGGAACGAAAUCGAAGACUGAAUGUAGAAUCUCCGGAACGAAAUCGAAAAAGGAAUGUAGAGUCUCCCGAGCGAAAUCGAAAAAAAAAAGUAGAAUCUCCUGAACGCAAUCGAAAAAAAUAUUCUGAAUCAACUAAGGAACCAGGAGAUUUAAGUGAUGAUGACUCUAGCAAGUUAGAUAAAAAGAAGUCAUCGUCUGAGCGACGGAAAAGCAAUCGAGAAGAUUAUCAUAUAAGUGAUGAGCGCGAAGAGAAACGAAGUAGAAAAGAUGAACGUUAUCGCAGAAGCGGCAGUAGAGAACGAUCGAGAAAAAAACACGAAAGUGACACUGAAAGUGAUGAAUAUUAUAAACAAAAAGAACGUGAACGUGUUGAGCGUCGGAAUAAGCGUGAAGCUCGAGAACGAGAACGGCGUCAACGGGAUAAUAGUGAUGAUGAACGCAGAAAUUCAAGAAGUCGUCGACAAAGAAGCCGGGAAAGGUCACGAGAUGAAAGACGCUCGCGUGAAGAUUCUGUGGAUGAAUUUGGACGUUCAAAAUCAAGAAAGAAUGAGUAUGAAAAGAACUCUCGAUCAGAAAAUAAAUUUGUUACAGACGUAAAAUCAAGAAAAGAAAAUUCGACACUGUCUUCAACCUAUGAAGGUUCAUCUAACGCUAGAGAUUUAAAUGAACGUUCGAAGGAGCAAAAGUUAUCGAAUAGCAACGAGCGACACAAACGUAGUAAAAGUCAUUCAGUUGAUAAAACUAAAAAAGACGCUACAGAUGUUGCACUCGAUAGUGAUCAAGAUAGCGACCAUAGUCAAGGCCGAGAAAAAGAAAAGAAAGAAAAUCAAAUCUCUACGAGAUCUAGUCGCGAAAAAUCACAUCAAGAAGUUCCUAGUCAUCGGUCGCCGAAAGAUCGUGCUGGUGACAGCUCUAGACGAACGGAAGCAAAAGAAAUUUACUCUGAUCUUCCUUAUCGUUCUGAUAAUCGAGCCGAUUUAAAUGAUGAUAAUGUUAUCCGUGAGUUUGGAUAUGAUGGGUAUUCAGAACGUCGAACAAAAGAAUCAAAGUACGAUGAAAAACAUGCUAGUAUGACUAACAAUCACGUUCUUGAAGAUUAUGAGGACGUAAUUGAUGAUUCGCAUAAAAGAAGCGAUCGUAGGUCUGACAUGGAUAUAUCUGACACCUCUGAUGCUGAAAAGAAACAUUCCAAUUCUAGUAAAGCAGAAAAUAACGUAUCACUUUCAGAUAUUAACAAUAGCGAGUCUUUGCGCAGUGACCAUUUUAUUGAUAAUCAUCCGUCAAAUGCAAACCCAGUCGCAACAUCUGAUUCUUACGCUGAAGAAAAUAGCUCAAAGAGAAAAAAGAGACGUUCGCACAGUAAAACUCCAACUUUUAGAAAAGAUGAAAAACAUUCUUCAAGUAAAAAGAAAAGAAAACCAUCACUAUCCUCCGAAGAGCCGUCAAUUGAUGAUUCUUUAACAAAGAGAGAGGAAGAAGAAACAAGAAAGCGAAUACAAGAACUUGAGGAACUUUUAAGAUUAGAAAAGCUGAAGAAAGAAAAACCGGAAAAGAAGUCUAAAGUCAAAAAAGACGAUGAUAAAACUAAGAAAUCAAAAGGAGAAUCUGAAAAAGCUAAAAAAACACGAGAAGAUGAUAGAAAAAGUAAAAGUCAGCCGAAAAAAUAUAAAAAAUCUUCAAGUGAAGACGAGUCUAACGAAGAUGAUUUCAAAAAGAAAAAGAAACAAAAGGACGAGAGAAAAACUAAAAGCAAAAAAGAAGAUUCAUUUGAUAGUGAAAACGAUAAAAAGAAAAAACUGUUUAAAAAAGAUAUUAAAAAAAAGCGUAAUGAAGAAAGUCGAAGUGAUAAUGAUUCCAAGAAAAUUAAGAGCAAAAAAUACACGAGGACCAGUGACGUAGAUGAACAAGAAGAGUCAAUUGAAAGGAAAACCAAGGCUAAGAUAGAAAAGGUUAAAGAUAAAGUCAAAAUAAAACCAAAGAAAGUUGUUUCUAAAAAAGUCAGUAAAAGUCAUUCUAGUGACGAAGGAGAUCGUAAACACCAUAAGGUAACUCGAAAGAAGAAAACUAAGAAAAACGUAUCAAGCAGUUCAGAUUCGUCAACAAGUGACGCAAGCUCUAGUGAUGGUAGUUCAAGCAGUUCUUCUAAUGAUUCUUCAAGUUCCGAGAGCUCAGGUUCAUCUGGCUCGUCAGCUAGUGAAUCAGACAGCGAAUCUUCACGAAGUCCGACUCCAGUUAAAAAAAGUUCAAAGAAAAAGACAGUCAGUAAAAAAACGAGGUAAAAGACUGUUUCAAUUUUAUUGCUUCGACUAUUUUUAAGGAAGAUUACGUGCGAUCAACAAACAGUGUUAACGAGAAUCGAAACUUGCUGUGCUCGUUUUAACAAUCAGAAAAAUCAAAAUAUUUUGAAAUACAAUACUAUUUAUGAAUUGGAUAUGCAAAAUAUCAUAUAUACGCUUUGUUUUAUUUUUAUCAUAUUUUUGGUAAUGAUUUCUGUCAUUAACGAUUAAUUCGUUAAGUCUUGUAAAUAGAUUGAAGCGUUA